UGUGUCCCAGAUCCCUGAUCACCUAGCUGUCCCCAUUCUGUCUCACAGAUACCUUUUCCUCCUGUAGCCUGGUCACCUGGUGAGCUGAAAGGAACAGCUGUCAAGUCCUCUGCCUGACACCUAGAUCUAGCAGCUGCCAUGGGCACCCCAGACAGAGAAUGCUUCAUUGAGACUGUGGCUGAGUACCUCCUGGAUGUGAUAAGCACAGAGGACCUGCAGCUCCUGCUGACAGAAGAGGAAACCUGGAAACACUUUGUGGCAGAAGUUGAUUUGUCCAGGGAAGAGGAAACUGCCUUGCGAGAAGCUCUUGCAGAGAUCUUUGCAGAUCCUGAUGGAGAAGAUGAAGAUGAGCUCCAAAAUGACCUGCAGGACAAGAACGAGAGAAAAAAGGAAGAUGCCUUGAGUGAAGCCCUGGGUGAAACUGUAGCUGAUCCUGAUGCAGAAGAUGAAGAGGAGAUCCAAAAUGACCUGUGGCACCAGGAAAGGUUCUUGAAUGCUUAUCCUUGGGUGAAACUGGAGCUUGAGGAGAGCAUCAGGAAGCUCCACGCCCUGGCAGACAAGGUUGACAAGGUGCACAGGGACUGCACCAUCUCUAGGGUGGUGGCCAGCUCCAGCAGUGCUGUGUCUGGAGUCCUGACCAUCCUUGGUCUGGCUCUGGCACCUGUGACAGCAGGAGUCAGUCUGGCAUUGUCAGCCACUGGCUUGGGGCUGGGGGCAGCAGCGGCUGUGACUAGUGUUUCCACAAGCAUUGUGGAAAAGGUAAGUGUGGUAUCUGCUGAAGCUAAAGCCAGCAAGCUGGUGCAAACCAACAAAGACACAAUGAAGGUCCUGAAUGAAGUUUUGGAUCAGAGUGGCCCCAGACUUCUUUUCUUAUCCAUGAAUUCCUUCAAGAAACUGAAAAACAUCAAGAAUAAUAUUCAUGCCAUCAAACUGUCCAAAGCCAACCCUAGCCUAGUAAUUAAUGCCAAGCGCCUCAUGACCACAGGAAAGACAUCAACAGAAACCACUAAACAAGUGAAGGAAGCCUUUGGAGGUACCGCUCUGGCAAUGACCAAAGGAGCCCGGAUCAUGGGUGCAGCCACCACAGGUUUCUUCCUCCUGCUGGACAUAGUUAGCCUUGUAGGAGACUCAAAGCAUUUGCAUGAAGGAGCAAAGGCUGAGUCUGCUGCAGAGCUGCGGCAUCAGGCUCAGGACCUAGAGCAGAAGUUACAGGAGCUCAUUCGGGUCCAUGACAGCCUGAUUCAGUGACCAUUUCCCCCUUCAGUGUAGCACGGAGGACUGGGGGAGGGAGUGUGCUGGACAGAGCCAUGAACGCAUGGGAGCCCCUGACUGUAUCCCUUCUAGGCUCUAUACAGCCUUGCAGUUCAGCCAAGUGGACAAUCGCAGUGACCGUUCACGCCUCCCUUCUGCCUGCUGCCCUUCUUUUGCCUAUGACUCAUUCAGAGCUAUGCAAGGAAAAAAAUGUAGAUUUUUUUAAGAACUCUGGAAACUUUGUGGGUGGGUUCAUAGAGUUAACCUUCUCCUUCUCCAUCACUGGCUUGAGUGUAGGGAUGGCCUUGUUCCUUUGCUGUCCAGAAGAUGGUGAAGGGAAGAAUUGUAAUAUCCAAAAUGAAUUCAAGACCACCCAGUACCUUCCCCCUUCAAAAAGGACUUCCCAAACGACACUAGCAAGCUAAGUGCCAAGCCAUAUAAGGAAGCUGGCUGACUAAACAAAUGCAAAAACAUAGUUUUAGCAGUCAAAAUGACUGAGCCUACAAGCUGCCAAAACAAUAUUAGCUAUUCUCAGCGAAAUAACCAUAACAAGAUAGCAGCUCCCAGAGGAAUCCCCCUACCCCGCCCCACACUGAAUUCUGACAAAGACCACGAACCACCCUGACCUUGUUGCAAGAAUUUCCCUGACGUUAAUAGCUGUGAUGUUAAUAGCUGACCCAUAAGUUCAAAAUGUAUUAUUAC